AACAGGUCAGUUCUCCUCCUGGCCAAUCGACAAAGCCAGUAUCUGUGAGGAGGAAGAAGAGAACGAACUGGUUCCAAAGAAGCACAUUGACGUGUAUAUCGAAGUGAUGAUACCUGCACGGAAAACAAAGACUACGCGAACCAGCACCACCAGUCCUUGCUAUAAGACAACUGAUGGGACACUGCCAUGAGCCGUGGACGCGAAGGCUCCCUGAUCUUAUUCGUCUUCAUCGCUGUGUUCCUGUUUAUCACGACGGCCUUGAGCCCGGCGUUGAUGGGUUCCCACGCUAUGGUGGGCAGGAUUGUCCUGUCGCUGGCAGCUGGACUUGUAUACUAUCGACUGGGGAAGGCUUACCUCAGCGGAAACCUUCCUGUAGAUGAAAGAGCAAUUUUCAUCACCGGGUGCGAUACCGGCUUGGGGUACUGCCUCGCUGACUCGCUGGUCGAAAAGGGUUUCGACGUAUACGCAGGAUGUCUCGACGUCACAUCUGAAGGAGCCAGGAUGCUGGCAGAUAAGAACGUAAACGUUGUUCCUGUGGAUUAUCUAGAGUUGGACACAGUAGUGAAGAGCUACAGCCAAGUUAAGAGACGACUUCGUGAGAAAGAACUGUGGGCGAUCGUUGCUAACGCUGGAGUCACUACGUACGGCGAGGUUGAGUGGAUGACACCCGAGGAACUGCGCUGGCUCAUCGACGUUAACGUUACCGGCACCAUCAGCUUCGUCAAAGAAGGAGUUUCUGCGGUCAAGAAAAGCCGCGGAAGAAUAGUUAUCCUCACGGGACUUCACGGCAGGUUGGCUAUACCUGGCAUGGUCGGGGCUUCAGCUACAGCGGCUGCGUUGUCGCAGUUUGCGGACGGACUACGACGGGAGCUCUUGAAAUUUCAAGUUCAAGUUUGUACCGUGGAACCGGCUUUCUACAGGACACGUACCAUGGACCACGACAGUAUCAGCGCAGCCCUCACGGUAGUCAUCGACAGGUUGCCCAGCGUCGUCAAAGAAGAGUACGGGGGUGCUUACUUGGAGAGCUAUCGCUUCUUGUACCCAAAGAAGAUUAAGCGGUAUGCACGCACAAACAUUAACGAAGUGGUUGCUGCCGUCGAGAGGUCUCUAUUGAACAAGGAGACAAACCACAGGUAUCGGUGCUGCAAUAUGCGACAAUUUCUGACCUGGAUAAUGCUCGAGUUUGCGCCACAGCACUUGUGCGACUUCUUUCUGGUGAGGCAGUUCUUACCAAGGGUUAGAGUCAUGGGUAACAUCAGAGUAAGGCACAUGACACUAGGGGGUCAAUCGGCGAGCAGUGUCCUGGAGGCACUGGAACCUGGCCGGCUAAUAAUACAAUCUGAUAUUAGUUUUUGACAAUUUGGAUUGCUCUGUCAUGUAUAAAAACAGUACCUUUCAGUUUU